GACGGAGCGAGGCAGCCGGCGACUCCGAGGGCGCGCGCUACUUGCUUUUGCGGGGCUGGCGAAGCGCUGCGGCCCCGGCUUCUCACCGGGAGCCAUUUCGGGACUAUCCCGGUGGAGGGAAUGACAGAUGCUGCAAUGAUGGAAUUGAGCUGCACUGAAGCACCUCUUUAUGGGCAAACCAUUAUAUAUGGAAAGUUUGACAACGUUCUUCUAGAGGAGGCUGAAUUUUACUUUGUUUACAAAGGAUCAAUACAGAAACAUGUGGUUUUUGCCAAGCAAGUUACUGAAAACACUCUUGAAUCUAUCAUUCCAGCUCAUAGAGAACAAGAAGAUGUUUCUGUUUUUGUGGUUAUGUAUGGAAAGGAAAGUGAAUUUGUGAUUCUGGGUUCCUCAUGUAUUACCUUCAAGCAUGACAUUGCUUGUGAAUUAGCCUGUUUCUUGGUGAGUCAGGCCAACUGUCUCACUCCCUCCAGUCAUCACACCCUUCUCAGUCAGUUUGAUUUGAUCGAGAGAGAUUUGCAGUCAAUGGAUCAUGAUGUUAUGCUAGCCAUGGCCUGUGAAGAGAUUCCAUCUUCCUGGAAUAUUGUUGGGAAUAGUACAGAAGAUGAAUCUAAAUGCAAAGAAACACUUCUCCAUCUUGCAAUGAGAUUGGGUCUGGUUCAACUUUCGCAGUUCCUGUUAUUCCAACCAGGUGGAACAGUUGCAGUCACUUUACUUAACGAAGAAGGAUUGACACCAUUGGACUUGGCCUUACAGAAUGGACAUUUCAGUCUUGUGGAAAUGUUUUCCAAAAGGCAGAUCAUCCAUCCUUUUGAGAUUUCUAAAGUGGAACUUGAUGAAAAUGCUGUCCUUCAAUUUGCUUAUUCAUCAGGGACUUUGUUGCUGACAUUUAAUCACACAACAGACCAUUCGUUAGAAUCUGAUGUACAGCUCUUUAGGAAAUACUUCUGGGAUAGAACUUUUAUACAAAAGAAUCUUACUCCAAAGCAAGCUGAAACAUUGGGAGGAAUGCAGAUGCCUUGCAACUCUAUAACAUCUAAAGAAGAUCUUAUAGAUGUUGCAUCUGAGGAACCACCUCUUAAAAAUGAAGAUUUGACGUUUCAACAAGAACAUAUAAUUCAUCCACAGGAAAAUGAAGAUGAGAAUGCAUUGGAUUUAGCUCAGCAAUAUUCCCCAUCUGAAGCUUAUAGGAGAAGACCAAAUCCUUCCACCUUCUUUGCUGCAGCAAAACUUUCUGCUAUGCUCAAUGGAAAUGAUGAAGUAUAUGCAAACCGCAUGGUAGUAGAUGAGUUGGAAGAUGCUGGUGUCAAGUACAUUAAUAACAGCCCGAGUACUUUGGAAACUAACACAGAUUCAAGUAAAGAUCCAAAAGUGUUGAAAAAUAUUCCAAGCAACAAAAAUCUAUCAUCAGUUAUGAUACCCAGCUUGGAUACCUCAGGUUCUUACAUGCCAUUAAAAAAGACACAUGCCUUUGGGAAUCUACGGAAUCAUCGUUAUCCCUUUAUUAAAAAACGAAGUUCCAGUCUUGAUGACUUGGAUGUUGACAGUGGAGAUGAAAGAUCCCAUAACUGCUAUUCUUCAGUGUCUUACAACUCUUCUGCGAUCUUGCCGAGUGAUAGGGAGCAGUUAAGUGCUUCAGAGCCCACCACUAGAUUGGACGACAGCAUUAACACAGCUGAAUCUCUCCCUUUGUCCAGCAGUUUACAGUCCAAGGAAUCUCUACUUUCGGGAAUUCGUUUGCGUUCAUAUUCUUAUACUUCACCCAAAGUCUUAUUAGGGAAACCACCGUGUGCUCAGGAAUUUAUUCAAUGUGAUUCAAAUGAUGAAUCACACACAUUCAGCUUGCAUGAACAGUCAGAAAAAAGGAUUCAAGAAGAAGAAUGGGAUAAGUACAUAAUACCAACAAAAUCAGAAUCUGAAAAAUAUAAAGUUAGCCGAACAUUCAGUUUUCUAAUGAAUAGAAUGGCCAGUACACGAAAUAAGUCUAAGGCAAAAAACAAAGAUGCCAAAGAAAAAGAGAAAGCUAACAGGCAUCACUUUGGUUCUGGAUCGUAUGCUGGAGUAAUGCCGUGUUUCACAUGUGAGAAACCACUGUUGGGGAAAGAAUCAUUGCAGUGUUCUUAUUGCAAUGCAGUUGUGCAUAAAAGUUGUAAGGACUGUGCUCCUGCAUGUACAAAAAAAUUACAAGAUAGAAGUUAUGUUAAGAACAAGAUACAAACUGUCCAGACAAAUCUAUCAUUCAGAGAUACUCCACAGCCAGCAUUCUUGGCAACUCUGCCUUCUACCACAAUUCCCAUUGGAGUAUCCCUUAUGAAAAAAGAAGCAUUACAGCAACAACACUCCUUAUCCAGAAGUGUUCCAAGUACCACUUCUGAAAGAAAGAGUAUGUCCUCACUGGAGCCAGAUACUAAUACCAGCAGUUGGAGAUCUAGGUCACACUCUGAAGAGUUGCUGCAAACAUUAGGGUCUACUUCAUCUGUUGACUCUUUUAUAAUUGAAGAUGAUGUUGAUGCCUCUUUAUGGAGUGACCUCAGCACUGAUACAUUGGAAUUUGAGGCAGAAUCUUGGAGUCUGGUUGUAGAGCCUUGGUUUUGUAACCAACAAGAAAAGGAUGUUAUCAAGCGACAAGAUGUAAUCUUUGAACUGAUGCAAACAGAAGUGCACCACAUCCAUACCCUCUUCAUCAUGUCCAAAAUAUUCAGAAAAGGGAUGAAAGAAGAACUACAGCUGGACCACAGCACAGUGGACAAAAUAUUCCCUUGUUUAGAUGAGCUGCUAGAACUUCACCAGCAGUUCUUCUGUAGGAUGAAGGAAAGGCGACAGCUCUCAAGUCGGGAGGGAAGUGACAGAAAUUUUGUGAUCAGCAAAAUUGGAGAUGUCCUUGUGCAGCAGUUUUCAGAAGAGAAUGCAAGAAAAAUGAAGACAAUCUACGGGGAGUUUUGUAGUCACCAAAAAGAAGCAGUUAGCCUUUUUAAAGAAUUGCAGCAAAACAAAAAAUUCCAGAAUUUCAUCAAACUGCGGAAUAGUAAUCUUUUGGCCCGGCGUCGGGGAAUCCCAGAAUGCAUUUUGCUAGUCACUCAAAGAAUCACAAAGUACCCAGUUCUAGUAGAAAGAAUAUUACAGUAUACCAAAGAAGGAACAGAAGAACAUCAAGAUUUGUGUAGAGCUCUUAACCUUAUCAAGGAUAUGAUUGCAGCAGUUGAUUUGCAAGUCAGUGAAUACGAAAAGAAACAGAAGUUGCUGGAGAUUCUUAGUAAAGUUGAGAACAAAACAUAUACCAAACUGAAAAAUGGACAUGUUUUUAGGAAACAAGAUUUGAUCAAGAAACAGAGAACGCUUUUGUAUGAAGGGUUAGUCUACUGGAAGACAGCUACAGGACGUUUCAAAGACAUUUUAGCUCUGCUUCUAAAUGAUGUGAUGUUGUUUUUACAAGAAAAAGAUCAGAAGUAUAUAUUUGCAGCUGUUGACCAGAAGCCUGCUGUUAUAGCUCUUCAGAAACUUAUUGUCAGAGAGGUAGCCAAUGAAGAGAGAGGGAUGUUCUUGAUCAGCGCAUCCUCCACAGGACCUGAGAUGUAUGAAAUUCAUACUAGUUCCAAAGAGGAACGCAGUCACUGGAUGAGGCAAAUUCAAGAAGCAGUGGAAAGUUGCCCGGAAGAAGAAGGCAAAAUAGGUGAUUCUGAUGAGGACCGAAAAAUAACUGAAGCCAGAGCGGCCAAAAUUCAAAAAUGUCAAGUACUCUUGAAUAAUCAAGACCAGCAGAUCUGUAACUAUUUAGAAGAGAAACUUAAUAUCUAUGCAAAGCUUGGGAAUAUGAGUGGUUUUGAAGAAGUUCAGGCGGAACCACAUCUACUUAUUAAGCCCGACUCUGGAGAAACUCCUCAAGUGGCUUCACUUCUGGCAGCAGCUCUGAAAGAAGCGGAAAACCUUCAUACAACAGUAGCAUUAUUGCAAACGAAAGACACAAACCACUCAAAGGAAGAGAGUGUUGGUGAUUCAUGUUUGACAAGUCUUAGUGAAACUGAAGAAUGUGAACCUUUCACUGAUUGUACAGAACUACAGAAGGUAGAGAAAGAAAUUUGUAAUUCUGACAUGCACUAUGAAAACAAUGUAGCAGAAAUGGAUAUACUAGAUCAGGAAGAAAAUGCCUGCUUUUCUGCUUCUGCACAAACCGAGGUUGUGCAGACUAUCCAGAAUUUAACACGGCUCUUAUACAGCAUUCAGGCAGCCUUGACUAUCCAGGACACUCACAUUGAGAUCAAUAAGCUGCUUCUGCAGGAACAUGAAAGGUCCGGCUUGAGCCACAGUCCACGGAGCACUUUCUUUCUCGAACAAGAAAAACACAGAAACUUAAAAGAAGAAUUUGCAAAUAUUCAUAAACUCCAGCAGCAAUUUCAGCAAGAGCAGCAACGAUGGCACCGUGAGUGCGAGCAGCAGCAACAGGCGCAUGAGACAAGAGAGAGCAGGUUGCUGGAGAAGGAGAAAGAAUGCUGUAACCAAGAAGAGUUGCUUUGCAAAAACCGUGAAGAGCUGGAUAGCCAGUUCCAAGAUUACCAACAGAACCUACAGAGACUCCAAGAGAGUCAAAGGAUGGUGGAGAAGGAACGGGAAACUGUCAGGUUGCAGCAAAACAUUUUGCACCACUGGAAACACAACCAUCAAAGCAAUCUGCCAGCAGUCAUCUCAUCGGGAAACAACGAGAUAAUGGGACCUGUUCAUUUGGACAGUUUUUGUGGUGAGAAUUCAGCCAUCAUAAAAGAAACUCUAGUACAGAUGUCAUUAAACCACCUCAACAGAUCCAAUUCUCUAGCUUACCAAGACUGUGGGAAUAAUCAGGCCAACUUCAACAUGGAUAUGCAAACAUUCACCGCUGAUCUCACAAAAUCAACAGGACCUUGCCAUCAUCCUUCUUCCAACACAAAUCAGUCAGAUGCUUGUAACAAUCAUAUGAAUGCAUUGCAGAGCCAGUACCCAAGAUUACAAGAUUUUGAUUCAACUCAUGGCAACUUUCAGUUACUUCACCCUUCAGAUGUUCUGCUUCAUAAUUUACCUUGUGACAUGGAACAAGAUUCAGAAAAUGGUGGCAUGGAAGAAAAGAUUGUUUAUCUCUAAUCCCUCGUUUUUAAUAUUAAUACAGUAGCACUUUGGGGUAGCUUUUCUAAUUUUAGUUAUUCUGUAUACAAAUUGCUUUGCCAGUAUAUUAUUUAUUUCAAAAUACAAAUUUUCCCUAUCCAUAGGAUACAAAUUAAGUUAUUUUUUAAAAUAUACCUGUAAUAUUUAAAUUGUGACAUUUGAACAUUGAUGGGCUCUAAAACUACACCUGGUGUAUAUAUGUAUAUAUACAUAUGUAUUUGUAUGUCUGAAGUAAGAUGAUCAACAUUGGACUAGGUUAAAUGGAAAGAUUUUUGCUUUAGAUUAUGUACACUAUAAUUUGAGCAGCUAAAAUUUAAGAAUACAACUUCAAUUACAAAAAAAAGCACCGUGAUAACAAAUUAUGUAAUGGAAAAACAGAAACAAGAACCUCGGUCUUUGGCUGUUGUACUUUCUGAAUGUACCAUAGUGGAUUACAGACUUUUAUAAGCAUCAGUCCAAUCAUUACCUCAGGCUGCUUCCCUUCAGAUACAUUGAAUUUCAGUUCAUGUAACCAACAAGUAUCGAGUUGAAGAAGGCAUUGUUCUCAGUUACUUUCCAAGUUACACGACCACAUUACGUCUUUCAUAUUAGUUUCAUAACAUGUACACAGACAUGAUCGUGACCUGAAAUAAUGAUGAAAAGCUCUUGAAAUAAGACCUCUUCUGAAUCACUAUAGCUUUUUCAGUUGAAUUAUCACACUAGGACCUCUGCCACAUUAUAGUUAUUUUUAUCUUGUUUCAGUUGUGAACCUUUUGAUCUGUAGUCUAAUGUGGUCCUAAUAUUAUAUCUUAACAGCAAAGAGUUUUAGUAAAUAAUUAAUGUCCAUAUAUUUGUCACUUCAAGCUACAUUUGUUUACUGUAUCAUUCCUUAGUAGAUAUUUUUGUCAUUUUCAUCAACCAUGUACAACAUCUUUUGCUUUCCAGGGAUCAGUUUUAUGUAUUGCCUUAGAAUUUGUCCUUAACUAUUCAGAGUGGCCUUUCAUAUCAAAAGCAGCAAAACUCAUGGCAUUUCUCUUUCACAUAGGAUAGAAGGCUAGGAAGUGGAAUAAGAGCAAAUGCAGGAUUUUUCCUAUUUAAACAAUAAACCAGGUUACACCGAUUUCUUUUGUACAUGCAUGGGCUGUGAAUUAGUAUAUAUCUUUCAGAAUGCAGAGCUUUGAUGCACUACAAUAAAUAAGGAUCUUUUCUGUACAUUUUGCAAAUGAAUUGUAUACUUUUUGAAUGGAAUUACUAUUUUCAAUCUCCAGAUGUGUGUUUCUGUGUAUGUAUAUGCACAUAUACAGCUGACUAUGUAUGUAAUUUUCAAUAUGAAAUUGAAGCUGAGCUGAAUAUAAUUCCUAGUGAUCACAUGGACACAUCAAUGUACUUUUAUUGAUGAUAAUCACAAAGUAGUAUCCUAAAACUGUCUUUUGGAACUUCCUCCCUUCCUUCCUUCCUUCCUUCCUUCCUACCUACCUACCUACCUACCUACCUACCUACCUACCUACCUACCUACAGUUGCAAGUGGGAUUGCUUGCUUAUGAGUCCAUUCAAAGAUCAGGUCUGAUCGCAUUUAGCUUUUUCAAAAAUAGCCAAGAUUCUGUCAUAAAUCAAUUAACUGCAGAUGGUUUCAUUUACGGUUGCUACAGUGGUGAGAUUCUUAGUGUUUCAAUGAGUUCUAAUUCUUGUAAGCAAAGAGGGUCUGUGUAGGUUGCCUUAGGAUUCAGUCAGUAGUGUUAAUAAGUGCUUGCCAUCUCCUCACUCCUACCAUUCAAUACUUCCUUCAGAGAACUCUGUAGCUAUGAAUGCAACUUCCCUGCCACCUCUAUAUGUGUUUACUGAUCACUUAACUUAAACUUAAUUUAAAUAGCAAACCUGUAGCAGUACUGUAUGUUGCAAACUCCUAAAAACUAUGCUUCUUUUCCACUUGGUGAAAAUUAUAUGUUUCAUGUUUCCCUCCCCUUCCUUUGUUUCAGCUAUGGAUGAAAUGUUAAUCCUGUAUCUGCAGGAGUUGUUUUUCUCAUUGGAUAAAUGGCCUCCCAGGUGUCCCCUCUUGUAGAUCCAUUUGACACAGUCUAGGUCUAGAAAUAUGCCCUUGUAUGCUGCUUGGUUAGCUUGCUGAAUUUUCAUAAUUUACUGAAAUGGGACAUUUCACAGUGCAUGCUAGAAUAGCACCAUAGUGAAUUGAAGGCUUCUUGUGAAAGAAGAGGGAGGUGCUGUUUGUUGAUUCAUGGAGAACUAAAAGGAGGGGGAAAGUAAACUUAUUGACUAAUGGGUUUACGGUAGAUAAAAUUUGCAGAUAGGCUUAAUUCUCAGAGCUAGCUAUUGGUUUUCUAAAUUUGGGCAAUGAUUAGCUGAAUUUGCUCUCUCAAAGUUCCAGGACGAUGCUAAAUCAGUCAAGUUCAACAGAGGGGAGGGAGAUAAAAUGGGGAAUUUUAUUGCAAAUUGGAUAAAAAUAUUAAAAUGGAGAAUGGUCAAACAGCAUUUCACAUCUAUGUCCAGGCAAAAAUGAAAUAUAGUAGAAACAGCAGUGGCUGUUAACAGGUAAAGGUAGAAUGUGCACAACCAACCCAUAAUAUAUUGGAGUCCAUUUACUACUAGUACUCACUGUGUGUAUACUACACAGUAUAUGUGUACCACAUACUUUCUUGGAAAGAACAAUUGCCUACUAACCUAUUUCCUGCACUGCACUGUGCCUGUGGAAGAGAAAUUAUGUCACAUCUUUAUUUACAAUACUUUCAGUGAUCUUCAGACCUUUAACAUUAAGUAUUGUCUAUUUUGCUUACCCA